AGCUGUCACGAAAAAUCUCUUCAAAAUUAAUUCCUUCAAAAUAUUACCCUCAUUUUCACAAUUAAAAAUGCUCAACAUGGAAUCACCGCAAAUGUACGAUACCGUACAGACCCUAACACAAUUGGAUCUGAAAAAGCAACCGCCUCCUCAACAGGCGAUAAUUGGUCAAAUCACCCUGACCGCUAUGUCCUCACAGAAUACCAACAACACGAACACACAAAAUAAUUCCGGCCAACAGCAGCAGCAACAACAGCAACAGGAUAUCAACAACAACAAUACCAAUACCCAACAGUCGCUGGGUCUGGUAACAAAUCCUGUAACCGCUGGGUUGGUUGGCAAACAGCAUGCCAUGCAUCAAAUGCAACAACAUGCCGCAGCUGUCAUGAACCAAAACAACAACAAUGGUAAUGGAAACAACAACAACAAUCAAAAUUCUCCCCUUAAUGGCAAUGUUAAUCUAUUACAAAAACAAAUGCUGCAACAAUGUGUCCAAUCGGAAUUGGAUGAACUGACCGCUCAAGAGAUCUCCUUGGAUUUGCAACAUUUGAUCGAUGAUCAAUUUCGUGAUCAGGAAACUUUGGGAAUUUUCAGUGAUAUGGUUACCUCCCCGGGGGUACUGUCAGCCACCUUGCCACCCAAUGGUAUGGUAACGGCCGCAGCCAAAGUUUUACAACAACACCAACUGCAACAGCAAUCGUUGAGGACACAACAACAUCAAUAUGGUCGCAACCCAUUGGCCUAUAUGCCACAGGCGGUACACUCCAGUGCGGCAUAUAGCAACAAUUCCAGUGAUGAAAAUUCCUCAGUGGGUUCGGAAACCUCCACCAUCAAGGAGGAGCCCAUAGAUCCCGACUACAGACGCCACUUGCAGGAAACCAAUGCCGUUAAUAACGCCGCCGCCGCUGCUGCCUUCAUUACCAAUGGUGGUGGAGCCACAAAUGGCCUCUACAAUCCCUACCAAAAUGUCAAUGGCAACGGUGGCAAUUCCAGUUCCAAUUCUUCAUCACAAAAUUCCAAUUUCAAUACUCUUACCUCGGCCAAUGUUUUGGCACAUCAUUCUGCCGUUAAUUUGCCCCAUCUGGCCGCUGGCGCCCAUUUGCUCAAACAUCACAGCAAGCAGAUGCAGAAUCAGCGUAAAACUUCGAUGAAACAUGUGGACAAGGGCACCGAUGAGUAUCGUCGUCGGCGGGAGCGUAACAACAUUGCCGUACGCAAAUCACGUGAAAAGGCCAAGGUCCGCUCACGCGAAGUUGAGGAACGUGUCAAGACCCUGCUCAAGGAAAAGGAUACCCUGCUGCGACAACUGCAGGAGAUGACCAAUGAACUGCAGCUGCACAAACAAAUCUACAUGCAAUUGAUCAAUCACAAUAAUCCCGAAGUAAGUCGGGUGUGUCGAAGUUUUCUCAAUACCAAUGAUCAUGGCUUGUGAAGGUAGAUGGG